AUGGCGGAUUCAAUGGUGGAUGCUUCCGAUGGGAGUAUUGAUACGCUAAAGGUUACACCGUCAGGUCCAGAGGCUGGUGUAAAUGCUUCUGAUGCUGAUUCAAGUGGUUUGGUUAAUGCUGCUGAUGCUGCUGGCGCUGAUAUCAAUCGUGUGGAUGCAAAUGGAAACCAUCCGGUGGAUGUUAUGGUUGUUCCACAUAAGCUCGAGGUUGUGAAAACAAGUCUUGAAGAACUGCUUUUAUCACCUGGGGCUGAUAUCAGUUGUUCUGUUCCGCUAUCUGUUAAUUCAUCAAGUCCUCAUUCUGCUGCGCCUUUAUCAUCUGCUGAAAAUGAAUCUCCAUCCUCUCCUGUGGCUCCAAAGUUUACCGACACAGCUGUUAAUUCUGCAUCAGAAAAGAAAGAAUAUCCAAUUGCACUUCCAAGUGUAGAAAGCAGCAUGUACGCCACAGAUGAAUUUCGCAUGUAUUCGUUUAAGGUUCUUCUUUGUCCUCGUGCAUACUCUCAUGAUUGGACCGAGUGUCCUUUUAAACAUCCUCAUGAGAAUGCUCGAAGGAGAGACCUUAGAAAGUUCACCUACAGCUGUGUACCAUGCCCUGAUUUUAAAAAAGGGGACUGCAAACGUGCAGAUACGUGUGAAUUUGCUCAUGGACUAUUCGAGACAUGGCUACACCCAGAUCGGUAUCGCACAAUUCUCUGCAAAGAUGGUACUAGUUGUGACCGAAAGGUGUGCUUUUUUGCACACUUAGCUGAAGAGCUGCGUCCAAUAUAUGUCUCCACUGGAUCUGCUGUUCCUUUACCCCGAUCAGCUGCAUCUGCUCCCAAUGUCAUGGACAAUGCUGCUGCAACGAGCCUUUAUCGUGGUUUGCUACCAACUCCCUUUGCACUGCCUUUAUCUCCAUAUGCAAAUGGCAUCUCUCCCUCAAAUAAUGCUAGGCCAGCUCUUCGCUUACCAGGAAGAAAUAUGUUCCAAGACAUUCAUUGUCAGCAGCACAUGCUAAAUGACUUAAGUUGUUUCUCACAGCCCCGUCCUGGUGCCAUUUCAGUGAGUCGGUCUGUUAACUCCUGGUCUAACUGGGGAUCUCGUACUAGAAAACCUGAUUGGUCCGUUAACGGAAGUGACUUUGGUCGAUCGCAGCAUGGAAACAAUGACGAAGAUCCUGAUCUAUCUUGGGUCCAAUCUCUUCUCAACUAA